AGGAAUGACAUUAGAGGAGUACCACAUUGAAGAGACUCGGACUAUAAUAAUCCCCAGGAACGACAAAGAGGCUAACCUAGCCCUACAAUGGUACGUCAUCGAUGGAGAGCACUCUGUGAUAGGACUAGAUUGUAAAUGGGAGACUAAAGGUGUCUACGAUGUAGCCGUGAUCCAAAUAGCAACAGCAGAACAUGUCAUCCUGUUCCAAGUGCGCAGAUUUGAAACUGAAUAUUGGCUUCCUGAUCAGUUGUCUUCCAUUCUCCUGAAUGAAGGUGUUGUGAAGGUUGGUGUUGAUAUUGAGGAGGUGGUAGUGAGAAUCCGUCGUCAGUUUCAAAUAUCUGUUAAAAGCUGGUUGGAUCUGAGGUGCCUUGCUGUUGGCAAAGAAUCCUUCUCCCCAUUACUAAUCCAACAACUACAAUACUUUGAAUAUUGUUUGGAGGAAGCUGCUCUCUCUGAACCUGAGUUAAAAGUUAAGCGCAGUGGGUUCAUGCCAAAGUUAAGCCUUCAACAGUUGGUUGAAGAUAUUCUGCAUCGACGCCUGGUUAAGCAAUCUGAAUUACAAGUUGAUUGGGAGAUAUUUCAGCUCUCCCAGGAAAUGAAGACUUACGCUGCAGCAGAUGGAGCUGCCUCGCUAGAUGUUUUUCUUGGAUUAGAUGAAGAAAGACACCGUAGUUUGAGAGACUCGGAUUACAAUCUUGAUUGUCUCUCUGAAAGUUCAAGUGACGUAACUUGGAGAUCGGUUAUUGAAAAACCCUACCACCAAAAGGAGAUUAGGCAAACAUGCCUUGACAUGUUGGCUGAACAUAUCAUUCCAGCACAGCAGUCCAUCUUAACUGACUACUACGGACGUUCUCGUCGCAGGAAGAUUGAGACGUCAAACAAACCUGUCUCCACCUCCCCUGUUCCACCGGACACUAUUAUUACUGGGCCACGUGAGACAGCUUUGGUGCACCAAAAACUAAAAUCUUCUGGAAGUGAAGCUACAAAAGAGGCUCAAAGACGAAACUUUGAAACCCUUGGUGAAGAUGCUAUUAAGAGAUUUUUCAGGAACUUAGUUUUGCUUAUCAAGGGAUUGUUUAGAAGCUUGUUUUACCUAAUAGAUAAAAUUGAUAAAAUCAUGAUAUUCUCCUUCCUGGCCCUAUGUGUGGUAGCUGUAAUUGGUAUAUACAUGGAAACAUCUAAAAACGGAAACGUUAUCAAACAAACUUAAACAAAGAAUGCAAAAUGUACUUUUGCAUCUUGCUAAACAACUUAACUGGAGGAAUGCUGUAUAUUUCUUCUGAAGUUCCGAAAAUUCUGGCUUUUUGCCACCUUUGGUUUGUGGUUAUUGUAUGCAACCUUUAAUUUUGACUUAGAGUUUUAUUUUUAACUGACAUUAUUUCAUUAAUAAUUAUAGUUCACUUUUGUUUGCUUUAAAAUUUGUAUACUUGUAUAAUUAUGGCAUGUAUAUUACUGGAAUUUAUUAUUUUCGACAUAAUAUUGUAUUAAGAAGAUUAUAUAUGAUUUGUAUUUUUAAAAUGUUUUUCACUGUUUCUCGAAUAGCCAAGUGCACCUGGCUGUAAAAACUUAUGCCUUUAUGAAGUCACGAAAGUCUGAAAGUGUGUUGACCCAUUAUUCAAUGUAAUAGAACAAAUCCAUAAAUAUUUGAAACAAUGUGAUAUUAUGUAGUCCUAUUUCCUAACUAAAAACCCUCCAGAGUAUGACUUAGAAUUUGUUAAGCAGAAUGCUACUAUCAAGAAUAAUCCGCAACUGCUCUCCCUCCCUCCGCUCCCUUGCCACCUUCUCCAAAGACAACAACAAGUUCUACAAAGAAGUGGAUGUCAUAACAACAGAUGCAGGUUACCAGGUAACCCUUGACAACAAGUCCAACGUUAAAACUCCCCUCAGGAACCUGUUAGUCCUCCCCACGGAGGCACUAGCUAACGCUGUAGCAGUUGAAUGGGACUUGCAAAGAGAUAGCAUUAUCUUUGCCCUGAUGCCCCUGACAACACUAUGUUUUAAAGCAACAGAUAAGCCCCAUGAAGGAGCGGCUUUAGUGGAGCACAUGACAGAGUUCCUGAGAACUGAUACAGUAUGUUACAGGGCUGGUCCUAAGGAGGACCAGCAACUUCACAGUCUGGAGAAGAGCAGAUGGAACCCCCUAACAGACUGGUUCUCAGAGCACUACCACGUGCACCUAGCGCUAACAACAGAUAUCAUGCUGACCCCACAACCUGAGCAGACUAUCUCCACUAUCCGCUCCCACCUCCUUAAACAACACCCCUGGACCCUGCCUGCUUACCACCACUCUACUACUUCUCUUAAGAGCCUGGUCAUUUCUAUGGCUAUGUUGGACGGGGGACUCAGUGCUGAGGAGGCUAUUGCUUGUGCUUAUCUGGAGAGCGAUUAUCAGAUGGAUCGGUGGGGCGAGGUAGAGUGGGGACACACAAUAGACAAGGCCAGACAAAGUGCCGAUGUAGCAGCAGCUGUGUUACUUGUUAACGAGAUACGGUCUCUAGAUGGGGGUCGUCUCCAGGCCUGGAGUUGAGAGGGUCUAAUUGAGGACUUUCCUAACGUUGUAGUCCGGACAUUCUGAGUUUAAUUUAUUGAUUUAUGCAGUUUUUUAUUAUUUGAGUUUUUGGUUUACUAAAUUAUGCUCAGAUUUACAAUCCU